AAAAAAAAAAAACGCGUGGUUGGCGCACUUCUUCUUGUAAUCCCAAAAACCAGUAAUUGCAGGAGAGAGAAAAACAAAAACACCCCAAUCUCAACUUCACAACUGUUUCUUUUUCUUUUUUCCCACAGCCAAUGACUGAUCGUUUAUCAAUGGCAUCUCUCACUACUACUUCCGCCGCCGCUGCAGCAGCAGCCUCUCGUCUUCUUCCUUCUUCCUCUAUCUCUCGUCUUUCUCUCUCCUAUUCAUCGUCUUCUUCUUCUUCUCUCAAAUGUCUCCGAUCAUCUCCUCUCGUUUCUCAUCUCUUUCUUCGACAGAGAGAAGUUUCAGCUUAUGUGACGAAGACGAGGUUUAGUACGAAAUGCUACGCUUCGAAUCCUGAGCAAUUGAAGAAUGCUAGGGAAGAUAUUAAAGAGCUUCUUAAGACCACGUUUUGUCAUCCUAUUAUGGUUCGCUUAGGUUGGCAUGAUGCUGGUACUUAUAACAAGGACAUUGAAGAAUGGCCACAAAGAGGUGGAGCCAACGGCAGCCUGAGGUUUGAAGUUGAGCUCAAACAUGGAGCUAAUGCAGGUCUUGUAAAUGCCUUGAAACUUCUCCAACCCAUAAAAGACAAGUACUCUGAAGUGACAUAUGCAGAUCUGUUUCAGCUGGCUAGUGCUACUGCAAUAGAGGAGGCUGGUGGUCCUAAGAUACCCAUGAAGUAUGGAAGAGUGGAGGUGACCGGGCCAGAGCAAUGCCCAGAAGAAGGAAGACUUCCUGAUGCUGGACCACCUUCACCUGCUCAACAUCUACGUGAUGUGUUCUACAGAAUGGGUCUAAAUGAUAAGGACAUAGUUGCUUUAUCUGGAGCACAUACAUUGGGAAGGUCUAGACCUGAACGCAGUGGUUGGGGCAAGCCAGAGACUAAAUACACGAAAGAUGGACCAGGAGCUCCAGGAGGACAGUCAUGGACGGCGCAAUGGUUGAAGUUUGAUAAUUCCUAUUUUAAGGACAUCAAAGAAAAGAGAGAUGCAGAUUUGCUUGUUUUGCCAACUGAUGCUGCUCUAUUUGAAGAUCCAUCGUUCAAGGUAUGUGCUGAGAAAUAUGCGGCUGAUCAAGAAGCAUUUUUCAAGGACUACGCUGAAUCCCAUGCCAAACUCAGCAACCUUGGAGCCAAAUUUGACCCUCCUGAGGGUUUCUCCUUAGACGGAAGUCCUGCAGGAGCAGCCCCAGAGAAAUUUGUAGCAGCCAAGUAUUCAUCUGGCAAGGAUUAAAAGAAAAAAACACGAAAGUAUCAUAUGUUUUCAUGUGACUUUGUGUCUUUUUUAAUAACGCAAGAUGAAGCUAUUUUCUUGUGUAGUCACAUCUUAAACUUGGACGUCUAAAUGCUGGAGAAGAAUAAAUUCAAAUGAGUGUUGUGUUGCUUACUUGAAUUGCAGAGAGAGCUUUCGGAUUCUAUGAAGCAGAAGAUUCGCGCUGAAUAUGAAGGUUUGGGUGGUAGCCCUGAUAAGCCUCUCUCUUCAAACUAUUUUCUUAACAUUAUGAUUGUUAUUGGCGUUUUGGCUGUUCUAUCAUAUCUUGCAGGAAAUUAAUUUGGUUUUAUGAGGCUUUCCAUUUUUGACAUGAUGGCGUUGAAUAUAUUUAAUAUUUCAAACACGAUCCUUUGGAUUAA